AUGGAUAUGUCGCAGAAUUCAGAAGAUAAUGAUACCAACAACAACUCAACAGGCAGAAACCAAGAAGAAAUGAAAGACUCAAUCUGUCGUGAUUACCAGCGUGGCGUUUGUACUCGUGGUUCCAAGUGCAAAUUUAAGCACCCCGAUGGCAUGGGUACGGAACUGUCAAACAGCCCAAUGAUCUGUCGAGAUUACCAAAACGGAAAAUGCUCACGUUCCACUUGCAAGUACUUGCAUAUGACCAAUAAUGAAGAGAAGAUAUAUCUGCGCACUGGUCAAAUGCCGCCAAGACGUGAAUACCCUUUCGGAGGAGAGCCAACCCGGGCUGGGGCAAAUGAUCCCAUUUGCAAAGAUUACCUGAAUCGGAAGUGCACGCGUGGGUCAGGCUGUCGUUACCGACAUGUUCCAGAGGAUGAUCGUGAUAUGGAUUAUGGAGGUUAUGGGUUUGACGGUCCCUCUGGUAAGCGUCGCCGGGAGUCAUAUGAAGGUCAAGGCUACUACUACCUUAUGGAUGAAAAUGAUGCAUUGCGGCGCAAAGUGGCUGAUCUGCAGAAGCAAGUUGCUGACCUAAAAGCCACAAACGAAGUUCUUCUUGAACAAAAUGCAAAGUAUCGCAAUCAGAUAGGGGAGCGUGGCAGCUACAAUGGAAGUGGUGCCAGUGCUAACACUAGUUAUUCCAGCUAUGGUACAAGCUCCAGUCAAUCUUACAACACAUCAUAUCCACCACGGGAUACCUACAGCAGUUACCCUUCCACUAGUGGAAACACUUCAUAUCCAUCAACAGGAAGUUAUACAUCUAACACUGCUUAUGGCACAGGGUAUACCAAGUUUGAUUAGUAUACCCAGAUUGCAAAGAUAGUGUUUUGCAAACAGAAACAAUUAGUUAGAGUUGGCUUCCUGAUAGUAACCAGAACAGAAAAGAAAAUGAGUUGAAGGAUUUUGGGACUUCAAUUCUAUUCUGUGUUAAACUUUCAACUUUGACUUCUAUUUCUAUGGUCAGGGGUGAAGAAUGAAAUCAUUACUGUAGGGCACUGCCAUGUCAGUCCACCCCUUGUAGUUUUACCUUUUCAUAAUUAUGUAGACUGGGAAAACCAUAUACUUGUAACCAGUUGACCAUCUUCUUUUGAGUGACAUUAUGUUGUUUGCUUUUAACAAAUUCCACUAUGACAUUCUUAAGAUUCUCCUUGUUUGUUUAUAUUACUCACACUUUUUCCUUAUGGGAGUUGAGUGAAAUAAAAACCAUUAGCUUUUAACUCUAGGAGCUGAAAAACUUGCAGAAAGUAAGAAAGAAAAAUAAAAUGGGCUAAAUAACUUUCAUUUAACACUGUUUCUUUACAACUUUGUAAGGUUUCUGUUAUACAAGAUGCAUUAUAAGACAAAAGGGAUACCAAACUAAAGUUUAAAAACAGUAGUUACGUAGAGAUAUGUAAAAUACUGUAAUAUAGCCGAAGAAAGACCGGUUUUCAAGCAGUUUUUUGUGAAAUUAAGUUCCAAGAAUAAAGGAUUUUUUUCUAGAAAAUAACAUCGUUGCAAAUGCCACUAAUCAGUGGCAAGAAAAAAGGAAAAUGAUAAAUCUGGGAUAUCUGGGUAGUAUUUUUGGGAUAUUGAAAAAGGUUGCAAUUGCAGCUGACUAUUGUGUGGAAAAGAGCAAGGCCUAAAAGCAGGCAUUCCCAACCUCACUCAUCCCCGAGGGUGGAGACGGGAGUUUCCUGAGUUUCCCAGCACCACCACUGUAGCCACAUUCUGAAGCAAGUAGGGAGGUGUGACAUCUCAUGGGUCUAGUAAGGUUACCGGUCAUCUCGCCCCCAAGUCAUUUUGCCCCGUUACUUUAGCCCCUUAUUUAAGAAAGAGGAAUAUUAUAUUUGAAGCGCGCUGUAGGGGCCUAAGUAACCGGGCAAAAAUGACUUCUAUCUAGCUACCCCAACCCGCUGCCUCGGAAGCACACACUGGGCGCUUUCCAUUUAGGAAAAAAACCCAGAAAUUUCGGUAGGAGCAAAAGUGGAAUUUCCGAUUGGUAAAAAGUUGUUCCAUUUGGUCGUAAACCCUGGUACGUCGCGGUGCCCGACGGUGGACCUGGAACUGGUACAAACUACGAGAAACGUAAAUGGAACACGACAUUCCGUUCGGAAAUUCCAACCAGGAAAACGGGCCCGCCUAUUUAGAUUUUCCACUUUUUCUGGGAAUUUUCCAGUGGGAUGAACCGAUGAAACGUGUUCCAUUUACCGCCGAAACGGAAAUUUUGACUAAAUGGAAAGCGCCCUCAGUUUCGUCUCCUUCCGGAGGUCGUUCGUAGAAGGCCUGGGAGACAAGUAAACAAAAUAGCCAAUCGUGGAACAAAGAAUGUCUGCCAUGAAAUUUGAUUCAAAUGAUUCAGCUUUGAUGAAGCUUGUUUCAUGCAGGACAUAUUUUUAUUCCUCUAGGGCUGGUCGAUAUUGUGAAAUAAUCGUUAAACGAUUCAAAUUUGCACAGAUGAACAAAGUAACUGUGAUUUACGAUCGUAACAGCAGAUAACUUACAGAAUAUUGAACGCUUUUUCUGCUUGAAUGACCUGAACAGUCAAGCGACUUCCGCUCGAUCUAGUACUCCAUAUAAGGAUUUUUAGGGAUGGAAUUCAGAUUUUGCAAUACAGAGGGUCGUUUCGUUUAGUUUUGUUUCCAAGCGGGGAUCUUUUUUCCUGGAAGCAUAAAUUGGAAGUUAAGGAAGUCCUCCUGUCAGGGGAUAUACCUGGAUCAACAGGUUUGUGUACUCUAUCUUGUUUUAGAGAGCGUGUUAGCGAGGGAACUGCGAAGUCCAUCUUUGACGUCCAUUAUUACAGGUUUCAAGCGCCCUGAAGGUGUUCCACGAUAUCUUAUUUGUUUUCGUGCACCACAAUACAUUNAAACUACGAGAAACGUAAAUGGAACACGACAUUCCGUUCGGAAAUUCCAACCAGGAAAACGGGCCCGCCUAUUUAGAUUUUCCACUUUUUCUGGGAAUUUUCCAGUGGGAUGAACCGAUGAAACGUGUUCCAUUUACCGCCGAAACGGAAAUUUUGACUAAAUGGAAAGCGCCCUCAGUUUCGUCUCCUUCCGGAGGUCGUUCGUAGAAGGCCUGGGAGACAAGUAAACAAAAUAGCCAAUCGUGGAACAAAGAAUGUCUGCCAUGAAAUUUGAUUCAAAUGAUUCAGCUUUGAUGAAGCUUGUUUCAUGCAGGACAUAUUUUUAUUCCUCUAGGGCUGGUCGAUAUUGUGAAAUAAUCGUUAAACGAUUCAAAUUUGCACAGAUGAACAAAGUAACUGUGAUUUACGAUCGUAACAGCAGAUAACUUACAGAAUAUUGAACGCUUUUUCUGCUUGAAUGACCUGAACAGUCAAGCGACUUCCGCUCGAUCUAGUACUCCAUAUAAGGAUUUUUAGGGAUGGAAUUCAGAUUUUGCAAUACAGAGGGUCGUUUCGUUUAGUUUUGUUUCCAAGCGGGGAUCUUUUUUCCUGGAAGCAUAAAUUGGAAGUUAAGGAAGUCCUCCUGUCAGGGGAUAUACCUGGAUCAACAGGUUUGUGUACUCUAUCUUGUUUUAGAGAGCGUGUUAGCGAGGGAACUGCGAAGUCCAUCUUUGACGUCCAUUAUUACAGGUUUCAAGCGCCCUGAAGGUGUUCCACGAUAUCUUAUUUGUUUUCGUGCACCACAAUACAUUUUUAGAAACCUCUUAUGCAGCAGAACAUGAUUGCUUAUAAACUGGCCCAUCAUCCGACUGAUAUGUUGCUGAGAUAUCGAGCGUCGAGGAUGCUUCAAGGAGACAUCUCCUGAUAGCGUACUACAGGAUGUACAGUGAAUUGACAACCCUUGCAAGCUGCUGUAUUUUGUUCAAUGUUGUCGACUUUUAUGUAUAGUCUAAAUUACAUUCCCGUUCAUCACCUAGUGUGACUAAACACCACUCAGGUGCCUUAAUUUCUCUUUAUAUUGGUUAAUGUAUAUUGCUGCGCUAUAACGUGUGUGGGUACUAUUUGUAAAGCAAAAUUGUUGUCACCCGGAAGUAAGCAACGAAAUGGUACUUUACGUGCCUAAACACAGCUACGAGUAUGAUAUUUAAAGCUCGUAAUGACUGUUUCCAGUCGUGUUUAGGUUAUAAAGCGGGUCACUUUGCACGUAUACGAUACCAAGUGGUGAAUUUCGAGCUUUCUUUCAGACAUCGAGUCGUAAGGAAGUAGUCGAUUGAAAUAGAGGAACAAUGGAUUUUGCAACAUGGGCAAAAUCAAAAUAUGUUGUAGAAAUUCCUAUAAAGAAAAGUUGGGUAACAGAGCUGUAUGAUAUUACAGCCCACGUUGUAAGUAAUCAGCAAACUUUUGUUGUUCUUAGGGUAUUCUUUUGCCUGCGUUGAAUGUAUUUAAGCUGUUAUCUUAAGCAAUCCAAAUGAAGAUGUCAUUGAAAAUUUUAUUUAUUUGAAUUGUGUAAAGGUCAAACUUAAUUUUCAGCUAAUGAGCAUCAAAUUUCUGUUUAAGAUUAUCCAUUGCAUCCUUUAUUUCAUUGUUAACGUUAAGUUUUAAUGUAACAAUUAACAAAUAAAAAUACAAUACCAUAAAAUUCUGAAAAAAUAAGCCCCUUCAUGUAUAAGCCCCUCCAAAUGUAAGCCCCCCAAAAUCGUAACGCAAAAAACCCCCCGUUAAAUCGCCCCUACAAAUAUAAGCCCCCUGGGCAGCUUGUACUUGGAAUUUGCCCUCAAAAUACAAAGUAAAACAAAGCAAAAAUGGUAAAUUUCCUUCCCACUACAAGCUAGCUAGCCCAAUCAAUUUUGAAACGUAAAUUUCCCUCCGUAGAUAAGCCCCUUCGAAUAUAAGCCCCUCCAAAAAUAAGCCCCUCAAAAAGGGCCUUUGAAAACUAUAAGCGCUGGGGCUUAUUUUCGGAAUUUUACGGUAAUUUAUUUUUGUUGGUUGACUGACACUUCUCUGGCUUAAGUUUCAUACCUUUUUCUCCAAUUUGUUUUUCAUGCAGCCACUUGCUUACAAAACUGGUAGAAAUAUUUUGACCUUUCAGCCCCAAGCGAAUGAAAAUAAAGAAAGAAAGCUUAAAUUAAGGCCCAGAUGUUGUCACCCUAAGAGAUAUACAUGAGUACAAGUGAAACAGUUAAUUUUAGUAUAAACUUCUAAUUAUUUAAAAGGUAGCAAACUUUGAUUGUGUUGUACAAUCUAUAACAAACACUGUCAAAGAUAGGGCUACAUUCUGAGGUGUACCAAAGGAGGAAGGAACUGAAGGGACAGAGUCUUUGAGUAUAUUCUUUUAUGAAGUGCCAGAGACCUCUAAAACACUGAUCAUUCAGUUAAAUUCAAGGUUCAUUAAUAUUGAAUAGGUACAGGUUCAAGUAUCUAUAGCUAUGUAGCAAAUAUAAAUAAAUCUAUAGCUGUAUAAAUAAAUUAAUAAACUAUCCUUUUCAUCAGCAGAAUGGUGGGGUGGAAGGCUUCUGCCUUCAUCAACAUUUUAAUUGGUAGUUUAGAUUAAUGAAGUGCUCACCUUAAUUCAGAUUACUUAUCAGUUUAUUGAUUUUUUUUUCUCAUUAAAUAGGCCAUGUAUUCGCAGGGGCCUCGGAAUGAAGGCCAUUAUAGUGGUAAGUCUAUAAUAGUAAAUAAACUGAGUGUGCACAGACCGUGAUUAUCUCUAAGUAGGACGGGAAGCCCUUUAUUUAUACUUUAAUAAUACUGGGUUGUGACCAAAAUGACUAGACCUUGCUGCUGUUAUUAUGAGUUAUUUUCAUGGGGCCAAAUUUAUUUCGCCCAAAAAAAUUUCCAAAAAAAAUGCAAAUUAAAUUGAAUUCAAAAGACCUAAAAAACUGAAAGAAUCGUUGCAAAAAUUGACCACGUCAAAUUUAAUACCCUGCUGUAUAAUAAUUAUUCAAUGUCAUCUUUAUUACUGUCUCAGCUUGUGAGCUCUCUUCAUCCAAGUCAAUAUCACCUUCUAGUUAAGAUCCUUGGUGCAGUUGUCAAACAAUCCAUUCGUAUCCAUGCUCCUUGUUCAUACUGUUAGAGGCUUUUUUGUUUCUCUGUUCCUUGUUGUGGCCUUCAUAGCAUUUCAAUGACAGCUUUCACUGGAGUUUCCAAUCCCUCUUGAAAAUGCGAUCUUUGGUGUAAAUGACCCCUUCUAUCAAAAGAAAACAGUGCAUAUAGCUAGCUGCCUUAAUUAUUUCUCUAGGCAAGCGAUCAACUAUUGACAGAGGUUUUGAUCACUGCUGUCAAUAGCUACUAUUAUAUUUAUGGAAAACUGGAAAAGUUGUCCCUGUACUGACAUCAACUGUUUGCUAUCGCAGAUCAGUAUUUUGACAAUUUUGCAAAAUUUAGUCCCUUUGAAUGUAUGUUUUCAUCAUGAAAUUAAGUCCAAUGAAAUUAAAUGUGAUUGUUCUAAUAAGGUAUUUGUUACACAGGUGUAGAAUAUUCAGUGUAAUAUGCCUGUAAAACAUUAAUGGAAUGUUAUUUGUCAUUGUAGAUGCUUUGGCUAUUAAGGCCAUUGUGCCAGAAAAAGUUCAACAUGAUGUAAGUGCAAAUAUCAGUGCUAUUUAAAUUUUGAUCAGUGUUAACUAUUUAAAUGUUGCAUUUUGUAACUAUUUGCAACCAUCAGAUACACGUAUCUGAUUGUUGCGUCGACGAAGGAGAUGCUUCCUAUUUGAUUUGGUAGCUGUUCUGUGUGUUUGUGGGUGGCCUGUGCAUGUUCCAAGCACAGAAAUUGAGAAGAGGUUGUCGGUGUCGGUUCCAAAUCUGCGCCAUCUUGAAACAUCACAAUAGUAUCCAUCAUACCCAUUGCGUUCCUGUUCCUAGCCCGUUUCGCUACCUUUGGAUCUUUGCUUCCUUGAUCUCUUUCGUACAAUAUCAAAUGCUGAUCAGGGGUGUAUUCAAUAUUCCUGGAGCUUUUACAAUGCCUAAUGUCCAUACUGCAUAUUCUAUCAUUAUUAAUUGCUGCUGGCACAAAACUGGUGCCUAAGGCCCUAAGGUGACGCACUAUAAUCUACGAUAACUGCUAUUUCUAAAAGUAAAAAUUUAUUUUUAAGUCAGUUGUGUUAUCAUUUGGUUUAGAGUGGAGAGCAGAUAGCCAUUAUCUUCAACCAUAGAUUGAACAUGGACCGGAAAGCAAAAGACCAAUAUGUUGUUGACUUUGUGGGAACAGCAGGUGUUGUCAAAGUUCAAGCCACACUAGCAAACAGUUCAACGUUGAUGCUACAGACACCAGGCAAGUUAUAAGGCCUAUCAGCCUCCUCUUCCAUGUGGAUGCAGUGUUCGCUGAAAAAAGUGCAGAUAUAAGUUAAUGCCAAAACUUUUCAAUGAUCAAAGGGCAAGCUGUUGCUGNAUAUUCCUGGAGCUUUUACAAUGCCUAAUGUCCAUACUGCAUAUUCUAUCAUUAUUAAUUGCUGCUGGCACAAAACUGGUGCCUAAGGCCCUAAGGUGACGCACUAUAAUCUACGAUAACUGCUAUUUCUAAAAGUAAAAAUUUAUUUUUAAGUCAGUUGUGUUAUCAUUUGGUUUAGAGUGGAGAGCAGAUAGCCAUUAUCUUCAACCAUAGAUUGAACAUGGACCGGAAAGCAAAAGACCAAUAUGUUGUUGACUUUGUGGGAACAGCAGGUGUUGUCAAAGUUCAAGCCACACUAGCAAACAGUUCAACGUUGAUGCUACAGACACCAGGCAAGUUAUAAGGCCUAUCAGCCUCCUCUUCCAUGUGGAUGCAGUGUUCGCUGAAAAAAGUGCAGAUAUAAGUUAAUGCCAAAACUUUUCAAUGAUCAAAGGGCAAGCUGUUGCUGAAGCUUACUAGCCUGGGACAAUAUUAUUGGGCAGGCCUGCCAACCCCUUUUUUCGAUAACAUUUACUUUGUCUUGGCAAGUGGUGCUCACUCAUGCCUGAUCAUAAGACAACUUAUAUGAAAACCCGAUAGCCCAACAGAUCACUCCACUAGCCCAGCAAUCCUAGUUAUCACCCCUCAAUAGUUUCAUUAGGCCCUAUUUAAGUGCCAUCAACUCUUUUUGAAUAAGUGAAUGAAUAAAAUUGUGAUAUUUAUUUGUGGCUACUUUUUCUUAAAUCCUCUAGUAUUCAAAGAACCAAGUGUUAUAACUGCUUAUGUAUACCAAGGCAUUCAUCGCCGCUUGAUUGGCCAGCACAAAAUUGAAUUUCUGUCAAGGAGUGACACAUUUUACAGACUUCUCUACAAGUCUCUGGAUCCAGUCAUUUUUAUGUGUGAUACACUAGGGAUUGUAUCAGGAGAUAUCCAAGAACUAGACAAUGCCCUGGCGGAAACUUUUUCAGCCAACGCCCCUCAAGGAUUUGACUUUCUUGGUAUUCAUAGGGAAGGAGCAGGUACUGAACAUUUCAAUCACAUAUAAACAUCAUGCACUCAAUAUAAAAUACAAAAAAAUAUAGUAAGAACAGCAAGAGUCAAGGGGAUUGAAAGAAAAGUUAUAUAUUUGUCAUGUUAUUGUUUUGACUCUCUAGUAUAGUACUGGUAGGAGAGAUAUGUCUUCCUUAUUCGUAAUGACAUGUACAGUACAGUCAGUGAGUGAAUUAAGCAGGGACCAACUCAAGAUUGGUUUUCGACUCCCCAAAAAGUGUCACCUAAGAGUUUCAAAAAUUCGAUGUACAUGUAGUAAAUGGAAGACGUGUAUUUUUUGUGUUUAAAGGGAACCAAGAAAGUGUCACCCAAAAUGCAUUAACAGUACCCAAAAGAAGAUUAUUCUCGCAGUGAAAUGUUCUUUUACCAUUAUGAUACAUGACGAGUUCAAACUUCCCUUCACCUGCCAUAAUUUGAUUGGUUAAUAAUGUCGGCCAUGUUGAAACGCAGACCACGCAGACUGCAGACUGUGCAGACCGUGCAGACUGUGCAGACUGAGUGUUAUUUUUUUUACUUGUACCUUAAUUUUCUAGUAAAAUUUUUACUAUAGUUUCCCGAAGGAGCAGGAGGAAGGUAAGCUGUUUCUUUCUGUAACUGUAUUAUAUUGCCACGAUUAUUUAAAUUUUUUUAGUAGAAGAAGCGUUUUCAGGUUAAGUGACUUAAAAUAAAACCCUUUUCGGCUUCCUACAAUGGCUACGAUAAGUAACAUUUCCUCAAUUUCCUUGACUGUUGAUGAUCAUCUUUGGUUUCACUCUGUAAUUCAAACCGGUGACUUGCCGUCAUUUCUUCAAAUCUUACAGAUACCAAUGUCAUUGUUGUUAGCUCGGAAGAUUCGGGUAGGACUUUUGUUUAUGUAUUUUUUUUAUGCGAUUCUCAAGAGUGUCCUUCUGGGCGGGCUUUCACUCGGGGAUGGACAGUUGUAUUUGCUCCAUGCAUUCAAGCCAAUAAGUGGUAGUGGUUUGAAACCGACAAUCCAAAAUAGAUAAGUUCCAGUUGAAUGAGACCAAGUGUAAAGAGUUGCAGAUAAGUUUCUCAAGGUCGACUGUAGAUCCUUUCGAAACAGUUACUAUUAACAACAAACCAAUUGAGGUUGUAACUAGCGCAAAACUUCUUGGUCUCACAAUUUCAAACAAUCUAAAGUGGAACGCUCACAUAGAGAAUGUUAUCAAAAAAGGAGCCUCUAGGCUAUACCUAUUAAGGCAGCUCAAGCGUGCAAAAGGAGAUCCUGCGCAGCUACGUUGUUUCUAUACUACGUGUAUCCGGCCCAUGUCUGAAUAUGCCUGCCAAGUUUUCCACAAUGGUCUGCCUGAGUAUCUCUCUGAAGAGCUAGAGAAAAUUCAGCGCCGUGCACUUAGAAUUAUUUUCCCUGAUUUAGGCUAUCAAGAGGCUCUAAAAGAGUGCAAUAUUGCCACCCUCCACCAACGGCGCCAAUGGCUGACAGAGCGCCUAUUCAAUGAGAUUAAGGACAACAGCCUCCACAAAUUACAUGGCCUUUUGCCGCCACGUAAUCUUAGUACUGUAGCCUUAAGGAGUAAGCGUGUUUUUAACGUGCCUCUUUGUAGAACAAAUAGACUAAUGAAUAGUUUUAUCAUGCAUAACGCGGCUAUUUUCUAAUGGUUUUAUUGUAAAUUCACGGCUAUUUUCUUAAAUUUCAUGACGUUGUAUUUUGUUCCUUUGUUUUAUUUAUUUACUGAUAUUUAUUUAUAAUAGUUAGUCUUAGUAUUCAACGUAUUUGUACAGUCCGUAAUCCAGCCCUUGGGCUGCAAUGGAUUUUUAAUAAAGCUAUCUAUCUAUCUAUCUAUCUAUCAAUCUUGUUGGAGUAUCAUAGUUCUUGUUUAUGCAGCUCCAAAACUAGUAACAAAUGUAUUAUUUGUACAACUUGAAGGUGUUGAGGGGGUUUUAAUGCACAUUGAACUAGAUACCCCGCCAUGUAUUUUAAGUAUAUUUUGUCUUUUUUUCAUUGAAUAUUAUCUGUGAGAAGUUUCAAGUCGCUGCCCCUCUUCUCUUAAUUCUGACGCUUACGGAACCAGAAUAUUUAUUUUUAGGUAGAUAUACCUAAAAAUAAUUUAUUUACACAUUUUAGAGCAAGGCCCAUCUCUCAAAUGUCUCGGUUUGAUAUUCCGAGCUAACAACGAUGACAUCGGUAUCUGUGAGAUUUGAAGAAAUGACGGCAAGUCACCGGUUUGAAUUACAACGUUAAACCAAAGACAACAAUCAAGGAAAUUGAGGAAAUGUCUCUCUCAUAGCCGUUGUAGGAAGCCGAAAAGGGUUUUAUUUUAAGUCACUUAACCUGAAAAAGCUUCUUCUACUAAAAAAAUUUAAAUAAUCGUGGCAAUAUGAUACAGUUACAGAAAGAAACAGCUUACCUUCCUCCAUCGUGCGCACUCCUGCGUGAAAGCGGCGCAGCUAAAAGCACGCGAAACUGCUUUUACAUCUGCCGGUAAACAUGAGCCCGUGAUUUUCUCAUUUCCUACCCAUGACCCUUGCAGGUACACAUCAGUGCACAUAUGAUGGUGAUGCACAGUUCACAUAAUGAGAGGAAGCAGGAAACUAUAGUAAAAAUUUUACUAGAAAAUUAAGGUGCAAGUAAAAAAAUAACACUCAGUCUGCACAGUCUGCAAAGUCUGCACAGUCUGCAGUCUGCAGUCUGCAUGUGGUCUGCGUUUCAAUAUGACCGUAAUAAUGUAGGGUUGAUGACCAAUAGUUAAAAGAUGAUUGCUUGAUAUUUGCCUGUUCUCUCUGAAUAUUUACAACAAAAUGCCCCAGUAUAUUUAACAUGUGAGUGUAAUUUUGAUGCCAAAAACAAGAAAAAAGAUCCUAGGAUUGCCUUUAAUAAUUUCUGGAUGAUUAGAGAAGAAAAGAAACUACUAAGUCUUCUCCCCAAAAUCAGUGAGUUCUUCUUCACCUUUUUUAUUUUAAGAAUAUUUGGUUUGAAGUAUAAUUGCUAUGGCCAAAGAGACAUUACUUCAAAUCAUGACACAAUAAGGCUUGUUUGCAAGAAAAUGACCAGAACUGCAUGACUGACCAAUCUGAGCAACAGCAUGCAAAGAAAGUGGUGUCCGAUAGCCUGGGGCUGGUGGAUUUUGCUAUUGCAGGCUAGUGAAUUCUGUUCUUAACUUGCAUUUUGCCUGAUGGGCAAGGAAGUGAUUUUGGGGGGGGAAAUUCAAAUUACAGAAGAACUGUAAUCAAUGACUGCUCAUCAAUUUUUUUCAGGCUAGUUGGAAUGACUUUUGGGCUAGUACAUGCUAGGUACAGCUCACCCAAAUGGCAAGCUGUAAAACUGACUUUCUUUGCACUCAUCUUACGUCACCAACCCCAGAGAGCCUUAGUGCUGAACAAAAAGGGGGAAUACAGGAAGUUUGAACCUGGCUUGAAGGCCUUUUUUGAGCAGGAGGGCGAGUAGGGAAAUACUUGAGUAGAACAACAUUUUUUCAUGGAUUUUUGAUUUUCUGUAGGAGUCAAUUUAAUAGUUUUAGACCAUAGCUUCUGAAAGCACACACAUGUUUGAAAACAUACAUGCCCACAUAUUUUCAGUUUUGGUAGGGAAAAAAAAUUGGCCAAUCAUUUUAGAUUAAAGCCAUUGCAGUUGGAAGAUUCCAAAUUUUUAAAAACAGCACGAAUUUAUAACCAUGUUAUUUUUUGUUUUCUUUUAGAUCAAUCCAGUGCUGAAUUUCCAACUUUACUCCACUUUGCAUGCAAGUUUGGACUAAGCAAGCUAGUUGAAGUUAUCUUACGUUAUCCUGGGGCUUAUGAAGCGUGUGCUUUGAAGAACUAUCAGGGCCACCGGCCAUACAAUAUAGCUGAGGAUAAUGGAUAUGAUCAAUUAGCAAAUGAGCUACGUGCUUUUCAUGUAAGUUAAUUAGUUUCAUGUUUACAAGUUAAUUAGAUUAAUAUUAAUAUUAUUAUUAUUAUUAUUAAUAUUAUUAAUAUUAAUAUUAUGCUAAAAACAGUUUAAAACUGUUUUUAGCAUUUGAUGCAAAUUUUUCUUCCUUUUCUUUGGCCAAGAGCCCAAAAAAUUGAAAUUUUUGUCUUACAAGUAUAUGCCAGUCCUCCAGGAUUACGGGGGAGUCUUUUGGACAAUUGGCACAUAAAUGUCUUGUUCUCCCAUAAAGAUCACCAAAACUCCUAGCCUAUAGGUAAAUUUAGCUUUUCUGCUGUGAGAGACCUCCGCUAGCAGGGAAGAUUUCAUUAAGAAUUAAGCCCAUUGUUUCCCAAAGUUCAAAAUAUUUUUUGCAAGGUUUCUAUGGCAUUUUUUGCUAAACUAGUACGUAUUUUACCAAUGAAAAAGAUUACGCUCAACUUUCUCUAAGAUGAACACCUAUGGAACCAGAAGUGAUAUAUAUUAUAUAUAUCCAUCUUAUAGAGAGUCAAAUGAAGAGAAUAGAGCUAGAAUUAGGCAGGGACCAACUCUUGGUGUCUGUUUUACAAAGGUGUCCAUCUUAUAGGGCUGUCCUUUAAGAGAGAGUCGACUGUAUUUUGUCAUACAAUCUCAUUAAAAGAAAAUUUUGAUGUUCUGUACUUGACGUAACACCUAAUAAUAAUAAUAUUAUUGUUAUUAAAAUUUAUAUCAUGCUGUUCAGUGUAGUAUACACCUUGUAGUCUCUGUGCCAAUAUACAAUGCCCAUGUUUUAAUUUGGGGACAUGGUCAAUUUAUUUUUAUUUGAGAAGGAAAGUGGUCAUUGAUAUAUACGAUAACUUAGCCAGGGUAGAUUGUUACUCCUGAAACCAAGAACUGACUACCUCAAGCGUAGCUUUAGUUGUAUUGUGGUUCUUACUUAUGGAACAAUCUUCCCAAGGAUGUAUGCACAGCAAAUUCUCUAGACGACUUUAAGAAAUAAACUCACUCUCGGUUUGCUGAUCAUGCAGUAUUCCCACACGGCAAAUUUGUAAAACAGUGUAUAGAGAAUUUAUUUAUUUUCUAUUAUUAUACUGAUAUUUUAACUGUGUAUAAAUAAUGUUUAUCAUCAUCAUCAUCAACAUAUUUUUUUGGUGGGUGGUGGGGUCAAUGAAACACAGAGUCUCUAAUAUUGUAAAUUCUGCAGAGGUUUGCAUCACUGAUAUGUAUAUAUCUUCAUUUAGGACCAAAAAGAUCCAGAUGCCAGCUACAUUGAUAUGGAGCCUAAUAAUAAGGAUGGUGAUGUUUAUGUGAAAGUGCAAAAGGAGGAUGGUUCCUAUUAUUAUGUUUUGAGAAAAGAAGCUGAC